CUGUAACUGUGCUGUUUGGUUGUGGGAGUAACACUGGGGAAAAAAAGAUGGCGGCGGGCUGUGCCUGGUUCCUGGUACUGGGCUCCGUGUUUCUUUGCAAUCUAAUGAAAAUACUCCUGCCUACCAUUUCCACCUUUCUGUCCAAGAUGGUGCAGAAAGAUGCUGAGCAGGAGAGUGAGAUGAGGACUGAAAUCCAGCAGAUGAAGAAGGAGCAAUCGUCCAUCAGUAUGAUGGAUGAGUUUGCAAGAUAUGCCAGGCUUGAGCGCAAAAUUAACAAGACUACAGAUAAGCUUAAAACACAUGUACAGUCGCGAACGGCUCAACAAGCCAAAAUGAAAUGGGUUGUGAACAUUGUCUUUUACAUUCUCCAGGCUGCUCUGAUGGUGUCACUGAUCUGGAAGUACUACUCUGAUCCAGUGACCGUUGUUCCCAGUAAAUGGAUCGCCCCUGUGGAGCGACUGGUGGCUUUUCCAACAGGAGUGGCAGGUGGAGUGGGAAUCACUUGCUGGCUGGUGGUUUGCAAUAAAGUAAUAACGUUGGGUCUGAGUACCAUCAGCUAGAGAAACGCUCCGUUUGGUGAUUGAGACAAGAAAAAAGGCUCUUCUGAGACUGCAGUAUUAAUUUAUUGUUAUACUUUGUUUCUUUCUGUUUUUGUUGCAUCUUUGAUUUCUUAUUUUGACAGAAAUGUGUUUUAAACUGUGAAAUUUUCUUUUUAAUAAAAGAUGAAAAGCAAAUAGUUUUUUUUUUUAUUAUUAUUUCCACCUUUUUCUCAUAAGACCAGUCAGGUAUAUCUGUGCUAAAUUUUUAGUCAAAAUAAAGCAAAACAUUAAUUUUAAAAUUGAAUUCAUUACAACUUAUUUACAGGUUUAUCCACAAAGCCUUGGUUUUUGUGACUCAGCUCCUCUUACCCCGGCGUCCUUGGCCUCUCCAGGACUUUCUUCCAAACAUGUUUUUUCAUUUUCAUUAAGAAACGCAAUAUGAGAAUAAACACAGUUUACAGACACUGA